AUGGCGGGUGCAGUGGCGAGUUUAUUCAAGAGGAUGGGUUUCUGGGGUGUUGUGAAUGUAGUCUCGAUAGGUUCAUUACCAGUCCUAGCUUAUCUAUGCGGGCAGCAGGAAAAACAACUUGCUUGGCUCGAUGAACAAGAGAAACGUGUGAUUGCGAGCAUGAUAGCUAGAGGAAUUAGAUCAUCCUCAAUGAAACAAUGGAAGAAAGGUCCUGCUCGUGGCAAAGGGGGUCCACAAAACGCACUUUGUAGGUACCGUGGAGUAAGGCAAAGGACGUGGGGUAAAUGGGUGGCUGAGAUCAGAGAGCCCAAGAAGAGGACAAGACUCUGGCUCGGCUCUUUCGCUACUUCUGAAGAAGCAGCCAUGGCUUAUGACGAAGCCGCGCUGAAACUAUAUGGUCAUGACGCUUAUCUCAACUUACCUCAUCUUCAGCAACGGAAACAAGGGCCUCCUGUGAACAAUACACAGAGGUUUAAAUGGGUACCUUCAAAGAAGUUUAUCUCUAUGUUUCCUUCUCGUGGUGGUAUGCUUAACGUGAAUGCUCAGGCUAGUCUUCACAUUAUCCAGCAAAGAAAAAACGGACUUCUAUCUCAAUCCUUUUCUUGUAGCUCUUCCUCUACCGAAUCGAAAACUACUACUACUAACUAUCUUGAUGAAAAUACAAGCAAGGGGGCAGCAGACAAGAUGUUGGAUGAUGAUCAGAAGAAACCAGAGAUGGACCUGAAUGAGUUUCUUCAGCAGAUGGGAAUCUUGAAGGAUAAUAGUCAAGCAGAAGUAAGCCAAGUAGCAGAGUGUGAUUCCACUCCUCUCUGGAAGGAGCAAGAAGAAACUGGAAGUGAAGCCUCAACUAUGCAUUUCGACUCCAGCAAUUUGGAAAGCUAUGGUGAUUUAGAGUAUGAUCUAGGCUUCCCUUCCAUCUGGAACUUCUGUGGAAUUUUAGAUGAGUGA